GGUUUGCAACGCCGUACAACCGCUGCGAUCCCGGGAAAACUUUAUUGGUAGUUUUGAGUCGACAAGAGGAAGAUAUAAAGCGGGCACAGCUCGAGCUUUGUCUGCCCCGGCGGGCAAAUUGUGCCAAGAACUGUAUCUCGGUUGACAGAGGCAAGUUUUUGCGGCUAGAACUACCUUAUUUUCGGUUCGGUUGUGUCGAUUUGGCGCGGUCUGAGUUCAUCUAACUGCGCCCCGGGAGGACUAAAUGGCUGCAAAUGAAGGCAAACAAAGGUGAUAAAGAAGAGUAUUCAUCCUAGCCGGUUCGGCCCAGACAGCGGUUAGCCGUGGUCCUGUUUUUAGCCACAUCACAGCCUGCUCGUACCGCUAGCCGCCGAGGUCUCCAUUGUGUGAGCAUCUCUGUGCUACUCCGCUGCCGCCCGACCCCCGGAUCCCGCGCUGCCACCACACACCUGCCGCCUCCCACAGCUACAACUGUGUAUUUUCAGACGGGUUUUUUGUAACUUUUUGAAUCCACGCAUCCAAAAAUGUGUUCUCGGGUUUGGUUCGUGACCGACCGGCGUAUCAGCCAGGAGUAUCCCCAAGUUCAGAUCCUCCGGGCACUGAAGGAGCGCUGCGCCGACGAGGAUGUUGAAUUCCGCUCUCUUCUCAUGGAUCAAAUCGUGCUUACGAUCAGCGAGGGGCAAUUAGGUCUGCGAGUGGAGCAGGAAUCGGUUACAUCUUAUCCACAGGUGGUGGUGGUGCGGGUGCCCACGCCAUGGGUGCAGUCAGAUAGUGACAUCACUGUGCUGCGCCACCUGGAGAAGAUGGGCUGUCGGCUGAUCAACCGGCCCCAGGCUAUACUCAACUGUGUCAACAAGUUCUGGACCUUUCAGGAGCUGGCUGGUCAUGGGGUGCCUCUUCCUGACACUUUCUCCUACGGAGGACAUGACAACUUCCGUAAGAUGAUUGACGAGGCAGAGCCAUUGGGCUACCCAGUGGUGGUGAAGAAUGCACGUGGCCACAGAGGCAAGGCUGUGUUCCUGGCACGGGACAAACACCACCUGACAGACCUGUGCCACUUGAUCCGCCAUGAUACCCCCUACCUGUUUCAGGAGUAUGUCAAGGAGUCGCAUGGCCGCGACGUGCGGGUGGUCCUGGUGGGCGGCCGUGUCAUCGGCUCCAUGCUACGCUGCUCCACUGAUGGUCGCAUGCAGAGCAACUGCUCCCUGGGUGGUGUAGGUAUGAUGUGUCCACUGAGCGAGCAGGGCAAGCAGCUGGCCAUAGAGGUGUCUAACAUCCUGGGCAUGGAUGUGUGUGGCAUUGACCUCCUCCAGCUCAAUGAUGGCUCAUUUGUGGUCUGCGAGGCCAAUGCCAAUGUGGGCUUCAUCGCUUUCGACCAGGCCUGUGGCAUGGAUGUGGCAGGCAUUGUUGCCGACUACGCCUUGUCGAUGCUCCCCAGCCGCCUCACCCGUAAGAUGUCCUUGCUGUCCGUCGUGUCAAGCACCAGCGAGACCAGCAGUGAGCCUGAGGUGUGCCCUGUGCCUGCGGGUAGCGGCUCGCUGCCUGAGGCCGUCUGCAACAUGAGCGUGGGUUCUACUUCCAGUGAAAGUGACCCAGAGCUGGCUGAGCCCUCCCAGUCCUCACCCCGCCAGUCCACAGCCCCCACCUUGCCCGAUCUCCCUGACCUCCCUGAUUCAGCCUACAACUUCAACACCCUCCUUGCCAAUGAGAUCAAGUUAUUGACUGAGUGAGAUUCCAGCGGCUUCAUGCACACACAAACAUCACAAAUACACAUUAAAAACCCGCAUACACACACCUGUACGCAUGGCAACAGACAUUCCUUUUAAAAACACAUAUCAAUCCAAAACUUAUUGCAACAUGGGAUGUUAAUUGCAAAACUAUAGCAGACAAAAACAGAACACACAUACAGACAAGCACAGAAAUACAAACACCAAAACAUGAGCCUUCUCCUGCUAACUCCCUUCAAAAAAAGCAAAGAUCUGAGGCUGCUCCCCUGACUCUCUUCUCUUUGCACCUCUACUUCCAAAAUGCAAACCCCACAAUCCAAGCUUCUCUUACACUGCAGCAUGGUGGCGAGAGUGGGAUAUAGUACACGAGAUAACUGCUAAAUGCCUCUUCUAGUUUCUGUUUUGCAAAAUAGUGAGGGUGAAGGUUUUUGGGUGGGUGUGGAAUUCCCUUAAAAGGCAUACACCUGCCAUGUUUUAUCCUCACAAUACAGUAACAUUAUUUAAAGGAGAAUCUAUGUUGACAUAAAAAAGGGUUUCGUGCUGAGACUGUAGUCAGGUUUGGUGGAUUGGAGGCGAAAUGA